CCCAGCCCUGGGAGGCCAGUCGCGGUUCGGAGCUGCAGAGCUCGGCUGCUCACUGGGCCAGACCCGCUCUCCUUGAGACCCGCCCGCCCGGCUCGGCCAUGGAGCCGGCCCCCGACCCUGAGGAGGCGCGCACGGUGCGCGAGGCGCUAGGCCGCUACGAGGCGGCGCUGGAGGGCGCGGUUCGCGCGCUGCACGAGGACAUGCAGGGGCUGCAGCGCGGCAUGGAGCAGCGCGUGGCCGAGGCGUUGCGCCUGGCCGGGCCGCUGGCGCGCACGGUGGCCGAGCUGCAGCGCGACAACCAGCGGCUGCAGACGCAACUCGAGCGCUUGACGCGCCAGGUGGAGGCGCUGGGCUUGGCGACCGGGCUGACCCCCGCGCCCGGCACGCCCAGCCCUCCGCCCGCCCCCGGCGUCCCAGACCGUGCGCCCCGCCUGGGCACCGCGCGCUUCGCCAGCCACGCCACCUUCUCGCUGUCCGGCCGCGGCCAGAAUGUGGAUCACCAUGACGAAGCCAGCGAGGCGGAGAUGAGGAGAACCUCAAACUCGUACAUCGUGGAGAACGGGCACCAGCCUGGGGCAGGUCCGGGUGAUGGGCCCCCCGAAGCCGCCCAAACCAUCCCAACACCAGAGCCCUUCAAGCCUCGCCCUGCGAGCCUCUCCUUGCGGCAGCCUCACCAGCCAGUCACGGCCAUCACACGAGUCUCCGAGAAGUUCUCUGGGGAGACUUCAGCCACAGCUCUCUCGCCCACGUCUGCUGCCAUCCUGGGGGGCCUCAGCUCAAGCCCCAGCGCGGCCACCACAUCCUGGACUCCCAGUCCCAGUGAGAAGAACUCUUCCCUCCCACGGUCUUUGUCCAGCUCUGGCUAUGGGGGGGUGACGGCCAGCAGGAACGAUAACAGCCCACCUCGGGUGACGCCACCCCAGUCGCCCCCCUCCACACAGCCGCCAGCCACGACUCAGGCCCAUCGGCAGGGGGAGCGUCGCCGGGAGCUGGUGCGGUCGCAGACGCUGCCCCGCACCUCGGGGGCACAGGCCCGGAAGGCAUUGUUUGAGAAAUGGGAGCAGGACACAGGAGCCGGCAAGGGGAAGGGCGAGACCCGGGCAAAGCUGAAGCGCUCACAGAGCUUCGGAGUGGCCAGCGCCAGCAGCAUCAAGCAGAUUCUGCUCGAGUGGUGUCGCAGCAAAACCAUCGGCUACCAGCACGUGGACCUGCAGAACUUCUCCUCCAGCUGGAGUGACGGGAUGGCCUUCUGCGCCCUGGUGCACUCCUUCUUCCCCGACGCCUUUGAUUACAGCGCCCUGAGCCCCACGCAGCGGCGGCAGAACUUUGAGCUGGCCUUCACCAUGGCCGAGAAUCUGGCCAACUGUGAGCGCCUCAUUGAGGUGGAAGACAUGAUGGUGAUGGGCCGUAAGCCGGACCCCAUGUGUGUCUUCACUUACGUCCAGUCGCUGUACAACCACCUGCGCCUCUUUGAAUGAAGCCCCUUUGGGGCUGGAGAGCCGACCCCUGGAGGAGACGGUGGGGCCGCCUCUGUCCCCAAGUCAGGACGCCCCCCCCCCCCCGGAAGAGUUGCAUUCUGGUGUGGGAGCGCCAUUUGUUCUAUGCCACAUGACCGCGCUCCCCCACCUACCCAGCUGCGUUACUGAUGGGAGGUACCACUCAGCUGCGCUCGGACUGCAGCCAUCACAGCUCGAAGGAAAAGGAAGUAUUACCAGAGAGAGAGAGAGAAAUUGGUGCUAAGUCAUUCUCUUCCUUAAAAAAAUGCUUGCCUGUAGGUUCUGGAAGGCUGAAUCGCAGUGUUCCCUCUGCUGAACUAGAUCCAUUGGCUUUACAGGGUUGCGUUGAUUACCGAGUGUUUUGUUUUUUUUUUUUUUUUUUUAAUCAAAAUACCCAGAGUUUUCUACUUCCUCACACUAUUGUAGGUUCUCUUCCUCCCUCUGGGCCACUGCCAGGAAACAGACGCUUAAUCAGCAACUUGACAAAGACCGAAGUCUUGGGAAGAAGCCGUUUAAUCACUCCCAGGUCCUGGGCAACAGAUGACCUUUGAGUCACCUCGGCUCUCUGGGGAGAUGGGAAGGCUCUCGCCUGGUCCCAGAGCGGUCCUGUCCUUCCCAGGAGGCCCCACAAGUGUUUGGCUAAGAAUAGGCUCUCGGGAAGUUAACACUUCUAGGGAAGGACGGACAGGCCUUUGGUGCUGCAAGGUGGUUUCUAUUCACAGCUUUUUUAGGAGUUUUGCUGCAGAUAUUUAUAAAAAGUAACGCCAUCUGUACCCACUGACCGUUUGUACAUAAAAAGACGUGUCUCACUUCGCUUG